GGUUUGUGAAGGAGUAAGCACAGUCAACAGCUGCUUCCAGCCGCAAUCACCUACUCCCAAACUACCCUUACUACUUCAACAUGCAGAAGAUCGUACUCAUCGCCCUCGCCAUGUUCGCCCUGGCCGCCGCCGCCCCUCAACAGGGUCACCCCGCGGAACACCCCGUCUACAUCCUCAAGCAGGAUGCUGACAUCACCCCUGAUGGUUACUCCUUUGACUUUGAGACCAGUGACGGUACAGCUCGCCAGGAGAAAGGUACUUUGAAGCAAGUCAGUGAGAACCACCAGGCCCUUGAAGUGAGCGGCAGCUACAAGUACGUCGGCACUGACGGCCUCGUCUACACCGUCACCUUCGUCGCCGACGAGCAUGGCUUCCAGCCCCAAGAGCAUGUUGAACACCCCCAGCAAUAAGCACCAAUGUUGGACCCAAUUUGCCGGACCACUAUAAAAUGCCUAAGCAUUUACGUGGCCAACACUUGACCAAACAUUUGUCUUAUUUGCCCAGUUUGUGUAGGUUUUACUACAUAACGCUGACUGUUAUUUUUGUACAUUUUUCGUAUUCUUUUUAUAUGAAUAUAUUGCAGUAAU